AAUCUGAAAUGGGGGUGAUGACAUGGAUGCUUGUUUAAUUGAUUCACUCGUAGAGCAAAAAGUUAAAGGGCAAAAGAUUGGUGGCAACUUCACCAAAGCUGCAUAUAGAGCUACAUCAAUGGCGGUAUCUAAAGCAUUUAGCAUUAUUUGUGAUCCUGCGCAUGUGAAGAAUCGUGUGAGGACCCUGAAAAAACACCUUGCGGUGAUGAAAGACUUGAUUGAAAGUAAAAGUGGAUUUGGGUACAAUGAAUCAAAUAAGAUGAUCGAAGCUGAACCUCAAGUGUGGGCAGAGUAUAUCAAGUCAAAACCACUUGCAAACCAAUAUCGAUUCAGUCCUGCCCCCAAUUACGAAAAGUUAAACGAGCUUUUUGGAUGAGAUCGUGCUACGGGAAGUAGGGCCAUUGGUCCAAAAGAAAGACAACGUCAAUGGGCGAAUGAAAAAAAUACGUUUGCAAGUGGCAAUGAUACUCAUUCUUUGGGGAAUGAGGGAGAUAAACAAAAUGAUAAUUCUGGGCCAGAAGUCCAUAGAGAUGACAAUGAAACUUCUUCGUCUAAAGAUCCAAUAUUCAGAAAUUUUUAUGAAGAGCCAAAGAAAAAGAAGACUAGAAUUAUUGACAUUGUAAGUGAAGAAAUUAAAUUAUUGAGAGGGGGGAUGGAUAGAAUUGCUGCUGCAUUGGAACAAGGAUAUACAGAAGAGCAGUUGCUCGAGGAGAUUGCUGGAGUUGGUGGUAUGUCUGAGAUUUCCCAAAUGUCCAUUUAUCAAAGUCUUACAUUGGAUGAGAAAUCAGCUCGAACUUUUCACAAGUGCCCGAUUGAGAAAAGAAAAGUUUGGUUGUUGGUAAAGUUUGGUCCUACUGUGUUUGAUGUGUAGUGUUUUUUGGACUUCGAAAUUAGUUUUAUGUAAUUUGUGCAUUUAUUUUGUUUUCUUGAACCUCGUAGUUUGAAUUUUUUUUUUCUUAAUGCAAGAACUUUGUAAUUUGAACUUGCCUCUAUCAUUUUUACCAAGUUGAUGU